AUGGAUGCUUUAUCAUCCAUAAGGAAAAGUGCUCUUAUUAUUUGCGAAAAGUGUCUUGUUUUUAGAGAACAAAGAUUAGGAAUUGAUUUGGUUCAUGAUGACGUUGAAAAAGAAUUGAUAAAAGAAUGCGAAGUAAUUAGGGGUGUUGAAAAUUUAUUAGUUCGAACUUUAGAACAAACUCAGGAACAAAUACGUCGAUUAAAAGCGACACUUUAUUAUAUGGAUCAUGAACUUGAGGAUAAAGAAAAUAAUUUACGUAUUGACAAACAUAAUUUAACGUUAAAAGAAACUAGUUUAAAUUUAAGCAUUUAUCAUGGCACUUCACGACUCGAUCCUUCAACUAUCGAAUUGAAUGAAUGGGAAAUACAAACUAAUAACAAUAUCAUGAUAGCUUCGAAAGAAGUAAAUUGUGCUAUAACUUUGCGCUGUUAUAUCGAUACAAUUAUAAAACAAGCAAUUGAUGAUCUAAAUGAACAAAAAAAUGCUACUAAUGAAGCUUUCAGACGCCGCAUCGAAGAAACCAAGGAAGCAAAAACGAAAUUAGAAUUACAGCAUUCUGAGAUAAUGCGACAAGCAGAAGAAAUGAAAGAGAAUAUUACGCGUAUAGAAAAAUCAAUUGCAGAAAAGGAAUGUUUCUUAGCUUUGGCUCAUACGAGACUUGGUAAUCGUUGUCAAAGACCAGGAUUAGAACUUACUCGAGAUUUAGUCGAAAAUAAUCUUGUAAAAGAAGUAUAUGAUUUACGCGAUGUUAUGUCUAAAUUACAAGCAACUAUGUUUGAGGCUCAAGCAUCAUUGCGUUAUUUACUGAAAACACAAAUUCAGAUUGAAGAAGAUAUUAAUAUUAAAACAAAUACAUUAAAAAUUGAUGAAGUCGAUUGUAUGACUCUUCGUCAGAGUAUGUUCUACCAUGUAUAUUAA